CCUCGCCCCACCUCUCCGCUCCUCAUUCUCUUUCUGUCUCUCCGGCCCCCCUUUUUCCCCCUUUUCCCGCCCGCUUCGCUGUUCCUGCAGGCGGCCUCCGUGCUGGCGAUGGCGCCUGUACAAGCGGAGCUGGCCGAGGCCGUAGCCGGCGCGCGGCUCCUGGUGGUGGGUGCCGGAGGCAUCGGCUGCGAGCUCCUCAAGGACUUGGUGCUCACCGGCUUCGUCAACAUCGACGUGAUUGAUCUGGAUACCAUUGAUGUCAGUAAUCUCAACCGGCAGUUUUUGUUUCAAAAGAAACAUGUUGGAAGAUCGAAAGCGCAGGUUGCCAAGGAAAGUGUUUUACGAUUCCAUCCAGAAGCAAAUAUUACAGCUUAUCAUGACAGCGUUAUGAACCCUGACUAUAAUGUGGAGUUUUUCCGACAGUUUACUCUGGUUAUGAAUGCCUUGGAUAACAGAGCUGCACGAAAUCAUGUCAACCGAAUGUGUCUGGCUGCUGAUGUGCCCCUUAUAGAGAGCGGAACUGCCGGCUACCUUGGGCAAGUGACUGUUAUAAAAAAGGGAGUGACUGAGUGCUACGAAUGCCAUCCUAAACCAACCCAGAAAACCUUUCCAGGCUGUACAAUCCGCAACACUCCGUCUGAACCCAUCCAUUGUAUUGUGUGGGCAAAGUAUUUAUUCAAUCAGUUAUUUGGAGAAGAAGAUGCUGAUCAGGAGGUGUCCCCUGACAGAGCUGAUCCUGAAGCUGCUUGGGAACCGGCGGAAGCAGAGGCCAGGGCAAGAGCGUCUAAUGAAGAUGGUGAUAUUAAACGUGUCUCAACCAAGGAAUGGGCAAAAUCAACAGGAUAUGAUCCAGUAAAACUCUUCACAAAGCUUUUCAAAGACGACAUACGGUAUCUACUAACGAUGGAUAAACUCUGGAGGAAACGAAAACCCCCGCUGCCUCUGGACUGGAAUGAAAUACAAAAACAGGAGAACAAUGCAUCCAACCAACAGAACGAGCCAUCUUCAGGCCUGAAAGAUCAACAGGUUCUAGAUGUCAAGAGCUAUGCACGGCUUUUUUCCAAAAGUGUUGAGACCUUGAGAACUCAACUGGCAGGCAAAGGCGAUGGAGCAGAACUAACAUGGGAUAAGGAUGACCCUCCGGCGCUGGACUUCGUCACUUCUGCUGCAAACCUCAGGAUGCAUAUUUUUAGUAUGAAUAUGAAGAGCCGGUUUGAUAUCAAAUCGAUGGCAGGAAACAUCAUCCCUGCCAUAGCUACCACUAAUGCUAUCAUAGCUGGCCUGAUAGUCCUGGAGGGUUUAAAGAUUCUCUCAGGAAAGAUAGAUCAGUGCAGAGCGAUAUUUCUUAAUAAGCAGCCAAACCCCAGAAAAAAACUGCUGGUCCCUUGUGCUUUGGAUCCCCCAAAUCCUAACUGCUAUGUGUGUGCAAGCAAGCCAGAAGUGACAGUGAAACUGAAUGUCCACAAAGUGACGGUGUUGACGCUGCAAGAUAAGAUAGUGAAAGAAAAGUUUAAUAUGGUAGCCCCAGAUGUUCAGAUAGAAGAUGGCAAAGGAACUAUUCUCAUCUCUUCAGAAGAAGGAGAGACUGAAGCCAAUAACCAUAGAAAGUUAUCAGACUUUGGGAUCAGAAAUGGCACCCGGUUGCAAGCAGAUGACUUUCUUCAGGACUACACCCUGCUGAUCAACAUCCUCCACAGUGAAGAGCUUGGGAAAGAUGUGGAGUUUGAAGUUGUUGGAGAUGAAGUGGUUGGUCCCAAAUCGUCAGAACAGCCUGCUAAGAACAUCACCAAUGGGAGUGACGAUGGGGCACAGCCGUCAACAUCCACAGCUCAAGAUGAAGAUGAUGAUGUCUUGAUUGUUGAAACUGAAGAAGGUCCUUCUGACAGUUCCGACAAUAUGGAGAAUAAAGGCCAGAAGAGGAAGCUGGAUGAUAAGGAGCAGGCCAGCACCAAAAGGAUGCGCUCGGAUACGCCAGCCGAAGAGCAUGAUGAUGUGAUUGCAAUAGAUUGAGCGCUGCAGCGUUCCCAGCCGGAGGGAUGUGCCAAGAGAACAGAGGAUGGGGUGUGGGAAAUGUCCAGAACUAGAGUCUGCCAAGGACCUUUGCUCCAAAAGGUGGAAUUCACAGUGGCGUAUUUGCCUAGGGACAGGGGGUACCCUGUGUUCCUGGGCGCAACUGAUCUGAUCACUUGGGGGCGCAAAAUCAUCCCCCCACGUGACCAGGAAGACCGCAACUUCUGGUGCCCUUGGCCCUGCCCAUGUUGUCAUUGACAUGGGCAGGGCCAAGGAAGCCAGAGGACCCCCCCCCCAGCCUCGCCCCUAUCCCAGCUGCUGGCUUCCCCCCCAAGCCCUGCCCCCCUCCCGACUGCUAGCUCCCAGCCAGCAGCUGGCAGUCCCUUCUGCCCUCCCUUCUGGAGUUGGCAGCUGUGGGGGGGGGGCGCCUGGAAAAUGGAUGUCUCUGGGCCCCAUUUUCCCCUAGUACGCCUCUGGAAAUUCACCAACAAUGCUUCUGGCUUGCAGAUUCUUUACCCAUUCAGUAGCGUUUAGAACUCCUCAAGUAUGAUAUACUAAAUAUAGUAGAUCUUUCUAGUUUCUUUAAAAAGAAAACCUUGAACAGUCACAAAAACGUAGCAUGUUUUGUGUAUAUAAUGUUUUGAAGGAUCAAUCAGGAUCAAGAAGUCAAGGCAAAUUCUGGUUCAGUGAAAUUGCUUUAUCCCUAGAAAAAUCGAGAGGUUUUCAUUCUGACUACAGAAAAAAAAACACCCUAGCUCUAGCCAUUUUUCACACCCUCAAAGCAAAAAACAAACUUGAAAAUAAACAUUUAUCAUGUUUCAAAGGUUCAGCUGGCACAAAUGUACAUUACUGUAAAACAAUGUUAAUUUGCUCUUUCAGCUCAUACUGCCAGGAUGUUCUAUGUCAGGAGCAGACUUUGGUGUACUGUUACAGUUUCAGGUUAUUUAUAUGGGGUGUUUUGUAAAACUCAGAUACCGCUACUUUACCAGUCAUCCGAUGGACCAAAUAAACAUCUGAAUGACUUGCUAUUCAUUUGUCUGCUCAGCCCACCUCUUGUGCUGAUCUGAGGAUUGGUGCAGUGUCUUCAAGCUUAAUACUUAUACUGGUUUGCCUUUAAAUGCCUUGCAAGCGUAAGACAGGACAUCCUUUCGAGUUGAAAAGGGAGUGGUUUUUUUAAAUAAAAUUUUGUUGCUGA